AUGUCAAGUCCAAUACCGACUGACUUCAAGGUAGCCUAUUUGUGCGAUCAGCAGUCGAUUUCAACGACAGGUUUCUGGACGUAUCCAGAGAAUCAUCAGUGGAAUCGUGACCAGUUAAAAGUUGGACUCGAGGGGCACAACGCACGAGUGUUGAUGAGAGCCAAUCCCCACAAGUCACAACUCCCUGCUUCGCAGAUGAUCCAGGAGAUCGCACGUCUCCUCCAGAACUGGUGGUAUUUCGGCUUGCUCAGCGAAGUUUUGCAGACCGAUAUCAAGCACGUGGAUUUUACACUCGAGGAGCGUGAGGGAGGAGGCUCUUCAGUAACGACAAUGCACUUAGGAGAAUAUCUCCAUGCUUGGGAGUCGAGACUUGGGCAGCAGGACCCGCAAAAAGCCUUGUUCAACCUCAAACAGUCCAAGAGCUGUGUGGACUAUGUUCACCGCCAGGUCGAGCAAUUGGGCACUUUUAUUGAAGGACAAAUCAGGUCGAAACCUUCUACGAGCACCACUGCGCCAUCGGCUCUCGACACCAUCAUCGCGUCCAGGGAGAGAUCAGAUGAUCCUGUGGCCCUCGCAGGUCAGAUACUCUCCGUACUUCGUGAAGAGGAGCAAAACUUCUGGGUGAGAUGGGGGCGUAAAAUUAUGCCCGAGGAUUUGGAGCUGUCAAUUUGCGUCCUCGGCCACACGCUGUCCCAUGCGAUUCACAAAAUUCAGACUCGCCUGGGACUGGACAACAAUGGGACUCUCAGAGACGACGGAACGGCCUGGUACACGCCGUCGUAUGUACAUCGACGAUUGAUUCGCAACGGGGUAUGCCCUCGACUCAUCUCUAUUCUUCAGCCCAUGUUGUCGCUCGUUGGAAUGUGUCUUGCAAGUUUCCUUCCGUUCAACAGUCGCAGGGAGAAUGCGAUCGGACAUGACAGUUGUUCCGCUACGCGCUGCAACGUUGACUACCUAGCCAAGGGAGUUUCUCCUCGUCGUCAUGCCGCACACCCAUGCUCAUGCGAAGAUCUCCCCCGAGAUGACUUCUACGAUCAAGUUCUGUGUCUCUUAGAACAUGGACACAUCCCAGUGGUACGUGUCCGAAAAGACGCUGGCAGUCUCGGCAUUGAAGUCCUGUCAUCUCAUGAGACCACCUACGUCGCUUUUUCUCACGUGUGGAGCGACGGACUUGGAAACCAAGUCGCCAAUCAGCUCUCACAGUGUCAAUGGUCUCGGCUACAGAGUAUCAUUGAUGACUUUUUCCCUAGAGAGCCUCCAGGAUCCAUCCCAUUCUGGCUUGAUACGAUUUGUGUUCCUGUGGUACCCAAUGUGCCUGAUGGCCACUGCGAUGCAGCUGAUAGCCUCAGACGCAGACGCAUGCGCAAUUAUGCCAUUGAGCGUAUGAGAGACACUUAUCACGAUGCGUUCUCUGUGAUUAUUCUCGACAGCACCAUGCUGAACCUGACCGCGGAGAACCUUUCCCCUGUCGAGCUCGGCUUACUCUUUUCGUUUUCACGCUGGAUGCAGCGAUUGUGGACGAUGCAUGAAGGCGCUGUUACGCCGUACAGCCGUGUCUUUGUUCGCACGGCGAAUGGCACCGUUCAAUUGACUGAUGUUUUCGAAAGUUUGCAGCAGAUCCAAAAGGACGAGACCACUGACAGAAAUGUCAGUCUACUUUCCAGCAUUGGCACCGUCGAAGCCUACCAAGCCUGGAUGUUGAAUUUGCAUAUUGACGUUUCGGAUCACAGUAAAGAGAAUCUCCAGUACUUUUUUAGAUUUGCAUGGAAUGAGUCGAGAAAUCGCGCUACAAAAUACGAAGAAGACCGUUAUGUCGUGAUUGCGUCGAUGCUGGGCAUUGGACGACCCCAGGACUUCUAUGACUGCAAGACCGAGGCAGAAAGAGCUUUGCUUUUAUUUCGACGUUUUGAUGCUCGGAGCAUUCCGUCAGCUCUGUUGUUUGCUGCUGGGGAUCGCCUGGUGACACCAGGAUACCGAUGGGCACCCUCCUCUAUCGGCCAUGACAGGUUAGAAGUGAUAGAUCAAGUGCCUCCAGCUCAGCGGGUUGAAGAGGGCCUAAUUGUUGAGUUCGAAGGUUGGAGGUUGUCUCAGCAUCCGGAUUGGAGUCGGCGGCACUGGGUGAACAGGCCACAGGACAAGGCAAAUCGUUGCCCCAUGGACACCAAGACGGUGAGCAGCUCAGGGCGUCGUACGUGGAUUGUCCAGACAAAACCGGACAAUACUCUCCAUUUAAUCAAUCUUUUCAGUGAAGACGAAAGAUGGCCCGCAGCCUUCACAUGGGACAAUUUAGCAAUUAUUCGGCAAGCUUGGAGACGAGAUGGAAAAAGAGCCAACCGAGCAAUUCUGGUGGCCGAGAAGAUGACCACUCAAGACGGGCUGAUCCACGUCCAUUACCUUGCUCCAUUAUGGUGGACCUGGCUGUCGCCGGAAGACGAGCGGAAGAUUCUUCUCACCACGCAAUACGGCAUGAUGAACAUCUGCGUGGCAUCCCCUGUCGGUGACGGGGAGUUAACUCCUAGAUGGUGCAUCGAUUGA